AUGAAUGAGAACUAUUGGGGGAAAUGGUUCAGUGAACUUAAAGUUGGAAAUUCCUACGACGAGUUGUCUGGGAGGAUUGCAUGGUUGAAGAUUAUUGGCCUGCCCCUACACAUGUGGAGCGAAGGAAACUUUGCUCGAAUUGUUGGGACGGUUGGUAAGAUUUUAAGUCCAACGGAGAUUCUAAUUUGUCUGCAAGAUGUUUUGUGUGGGAAGAUUUGUGUCCUUACGGAACGAAAGACGAAAAUCAAUGAAGAGGUAGCAGUGGAAUCAAAUAAGAAUAUACUAUGGGUGGGAAUUAACGAAGUUGAUUUUGACUGA